ACACAUGCGCUUGCUCGAUAUUCGCGCAGUCAGUCCAGCUUCGCUCUCACUGGCAGAAUUUUCCAUUUAUCGCUGCAGUUGUCGGAAAAAUUGAUUUCAAAAUAUUUCCCAUACAAACAUGUUACUGUUCUCUCUGACGAAUCAACUAUUAUGCUGUCCUAAACACCAGACAACAAAGACAAGCAUUGCAAAAACAGCAGCAGCAACAACAAAAACAACAACUAAUACACUCUCUAUAACUUUAUAACAAGAGAUUUUCGUUUUCGCGCAAUUUUAAGAAAAGCAACAACAACAGCCAGACGUCAACAUAGCAAAGUCGACGCAAAUAUUUCUUAAAAUCACCGAAAAAUAAACGAAACGGAGAAAAGCGUGCCAGCAAGCCAAAAAUUAAAUUGAAAACAAAUUACGCUUAAAGCGACGAACAACAUAAUACUCUUUUGAAAAAAGAUAACGUUACGAUAAACUACAAAGAAUUUAAAUUUCAAAAACUUUUUUUUCACACACAUUUACACAAACCGAAUUUGUUAAAGAGGCGGGAAGUGUGUUAAUUAACUUCUUUUUAUUUCCGCUUUAAGUACAUGUAAUUAAAAACUAGUGUGCGUGGCAUUGUUUGCUUUUAGGCGCAGUUAGUUUGGUUAAAACUAAACUAGCUGCCUUAGUAAAGAAUCAUUUAAGCUUAGUUUAAGUGCAAGCGCUGCACGGCGUCGCUUUGAAUUUCACCAACUUUUCAUAUUUUCGUAAUGAAAAUUGCAAACAUGAAAUUUAAGCGCAAAUAUGGCUGUUUAAAUAUUUGAAAAAUAAUAUUAGUGUAUUUUUCGAAUAUUUUAUUUCAUAGUAUUCUAUAAGUUUUCAAACAUUAUAAACAAAUCCCUGUCUAAUUAAGUCUAUAUCUGUCUGUUUGUGUCUUCUGUAAACCCCCCUACCCACCUACUGGUUAGUUUAACAAUACAUUUACACUUACACACACACACACACACAAAUAAAGAGCAACUCAUAACAUUUAAUGAUAUUUAAGCUUUCUUAGCUAAAUACUGAAUACUUUCGUAAUUAAAUAGCUAGCAUUUGUGGUAUUUGAUUCAAGCAGACGCUUAACAAUUUUCAGAUUUUUUUCACAUUUUCCUACGGCUUCUCUUACCGUGCGUAUGCUUAAUUUUUUAUUUGAAAACUUCUAACAUACUCUUUUAAUAUACACGCUAAUAAUUGUGAAAACGUUAAAUCAAAUGAUAUUAUAAUCAAAUAACAAAUAAAACAACAACAACUACAUAAAUCGUUAAAUUAAUUGCACUGAAAAAAAACGUGCAACAUGGAUGCGCUAUCGCCCGAUUUACUAUGGAUGGUCGUGCUCGGCUUUCUGAUCGCUUUUGUAUUGGCAUUCGGUAUUGGCGCUAACGAUGUGGCAAAUUCGUUUGGUACGAGCGUUGGUUCGGGUGUGCUAACUAUAAGACAGGCUUGCGUACUGGCGACUAUAUGUGAAGUUUCUGGUGCAGUUUUGAUUGGUUACAAGGUUUCGGACACUAUGCGUAAAGGUAUUUUGGAAGUUGGUCUCUACGAAGGCGCCGAAGAGGAAUUAAUGUUGGGCUGUGUCGCUGCGCUGGCAAGCAGCGCUAUUUGGUUGCUGGUCGCCACAUUCCUAAAGCUACCCAUUUCGGGUACACACAGCAUUGUCGGUUCAACAAUUGGUUUUUCAUUGGUGGCACGCGGUACACAAGGCCUUAAAUGGUCCACUUUGGCCACGAUAGUGGGUUCAUGGUUCAUAUCGCCGGUGAUGAGCGGCUUGGUCAGUAUUUUACUAUUUUUGGCAAUACGAAAAUUUAUUUUGCGUGCCAGCGAUCCACUAAAGGCGGGAUUUCGGUCAUUGCCGAUCUUUUAUGGUGUCACCUUUUUCAUCAAUGUUAUUAGUGUGGUGUUGGAUGGACCAAAAUUGCUUUAUAUGGAUAACAUUCCCACGGGGAUUGCUAUAGGUGCGAGCGUGGCGCUCAGCUUAUUGGUUGCACUGCUUACUCAACUUAUUGUUGUACCAAUACAAAAACGUAAAAUCGCUAAACAAUUACGCGCUCAAAACCCUGUCAAAUUCAAUUUUGAGGACUCUGUUGAAUCCUCACCGUCCGGUAGUCCUAAGAAAAAUCGUCGUCCAUUAUCACUCGUUAGCGAUGGCAAACAAUUGCCAGCGAUUGCCGAAAUCACCGAACUCGUCUCAUUGACCGACAAUUCACCGAAAACGUUUAAGUUAGCACCUUAUGGGCUUAAUAAAAAUGGUCAUGUGACCACACCAAACAACGGUUAUACUGCAGACGGUUACAAGAUCAAUCCGGAAAUCAUAAAGAAAGCCGAAGACUUGCUGGGCAAAGCCAGCUUGGAUAAUACGGAUUUGACCAUUACUAGUUUGAAUUUCAUUGACGAGCAGUAUCAGAAUGGCAAUGGCAAUGGCUUGCUGCAGAAUGGCAAUAGGAAUAACAAUACCAACGGUAUAGUAUUGAAUGGUGCUGGUAAAGCCAGUCAGCUGCAGGAUUAUUUUAAGCCGGGCGUCAAAUCACCUUUGUUGGAUACAAAGAGCUUUGAACAUUCCAAUGAGCUUCCAGCACACCAGCAACAGCUGCUCGAAAGCAACCAAUCACCCGGCUGUGUUGCAAAUAAUAAAAUUACACAAACUGCCAUGGACACAAGUACCACCAACACUGCUACAACCACACUCAUCACACCCGCUGCACCCGCUAUUGCGCCAAACGGUGAUGGACAUUCACAAAUUUCGGAUGUGAUAGUUACGCAAGCUACCACAACUACGUUGGAGCCCAUAACAACAUCCACAACUGCCAAAAAGGAUUUGAAAGUGGUUGAAAGCGGUAGCAGUUUGGAAAUGAUGAUAACGUCUACUUUAUCGCCGAAUUCUAGCAAAAUACCGUUGAUCGAAAGCAAAGAGUUGAUACAAGAUUUCAAGCAGACGGGCGAUGCACCAGCGCACAAUGACGAGGAGUCGGAGGAGGUGUCAAUGCUAUUUUCAUUUUUACAAAUUUUAACUGCAACUUUUGGCAGUUUCGCACACGGCGGUAAUGAUGUGAGCAAUGCCAUUGGGCCACUAAUCGCGCUGUACAUGAUUUAUAGAGAGGGUUCUGUGAUGCAAAAGGCCGAAAGUCCCAUUUAUAUUCUGAUCUAUGGAGGUAUUGGUAUCUCAGUGGGUCUAUGGCUGUGGGGACGACGGGUCAUCGAAACAAUCGGCAAUGAUUUAACGAAAAUUACAUCAUCCACCGGCUUCACUAUCGAGGUCGGUGCCGCGAUCACGGUGCUAUUGGCGAGCAAAAUCGGUUUACCCAUCUCAACGACGCAUUGCAAAGUGGGUUCAGUGGUUUUUGUGGGACAUGUGAGCAGCAAGGGACAUAAACCAGCAAAAGCCGGAUUCUCAAAAGAGGCUUCAGUGGAAGGCGCUGUCAUUACAUCAUCCACUGCUACCACGCCAACAACAACGAAUGCGAAUGAAAUAAGCGCUAAAAUCACGGUGUCCUCAUCGACAAGUGCGAACGCCAUUGCCAAUGGUGCCGGUGGUGCGCAUUCUGUGGCUACUGGUGGUGAUGCUGUUGCUGCUGCGGGUGCUGCUGUCGGUGCUGUCGAUUGGCAUUUGUUCAGAAACAUUGCCUACGCUUGGAUUGUGACCGUGCCGGUUACGGCGCUGCUCUCAGCUGGCAUAAUGUUUCUGAUGUGCAGCAUUGUUUUGGCCUAAGCCAGGUGGCAAGCAAUAUGCAACAAGGCGUUUAAUUACAAAAUAAAUAUAUAUUAAAAAGAAGAAGAAGCAGAGAACCAUGUUACAAUUAUUAAGUAUUCAUCAAACUUACUAACGUAAGCGUAUCUACAAAUGUACACAUUAACGAUAUUGUACUUAUUAUGAUAAUGUAAUUUAUUGUUAUUAUUAAAAAAAAAAAAACGAUUAAAACAAAAUAUGGUAUAAUUAAAUUAAAAAUUAUUAAAACAAAAUUUGGCAGCGAAUAUGGAAGAAUUGUAAACAUGUUUGGAAAAAGCGAUGUGUUGCAUUUUAAAUGUUUGAAUAUUUGCGAAUUGAGUUCAAUUGUAAGUGCCAGUUAGCCUGCCAGCCAGCGUCAAUGCAUGGAUUCCAUAUAAACAGAAAAACAAAUUAAACAUUAUUAUUAAACAAAAUUGAAUAUUAAACGAAAAAAUGGAAAAUGAUAAUAUUUACAGUGGGAGCAACUAAGUACAUAUAAUUAAUUAAAGCAUGAACUAAGUAUUUCGUGCGUUGAUUGUUUGAUUUGAUCGUCAUUUAGUCAUGACCGUAUGAUAUUGGAAGCAAAAAAAAUGUUUUUAAUGUAGUUUAAACAACAAAAUUAACACAACAAAGGUAAAAAAGAUAUUAAUGAAAAGUUCACAGUCGCAACCGGUUGAUUUUGGCAGUCUAAUAAAAUAUACCAUUUAAAAGCAAUCGAUAUUUUUUUGUUUUUAUUUUUUUACGGUAAAUCGAAUAAAAGUUAAGCGAAUAGCAACAAAAUUAAAAAAAAAAAUAAUAAUAAAUGUAAUUAUAUAUUUGUAUUACAAAAAUAUAUUGCAGUUUUUAUGCUUGCGAAAAUAUUAUGAAAAUUAAUAUUUGAAAAAUUUUGUAUGGCGUAUGUUAAAUUUUUUUAAAAAUAACAUAUUGUCUAACAAUUAAAAGCAGUUAACGAUAAUCGCUGGAAAAAUUUCUAUCAUUAACCAGAUUUAUGUUUCGUUUUCUACUCCGAGCAGUUAAUUGUUUGAAAACUCAUUGAUAUUUUAUAGAAAAACAAAUGUUUCCUCCGCUCAACCUCGAAUAAAAUGAAUUUAUUGUUUCUAAAACAACAAAAUUUAGCAAAAUAAAACUUUAAUUUUUAAAUAAAACAAUUUGUAGGAAUUUUUCAUAUAAAUACAAUAUUUAAUAUUUUUUUGUUAAAAAAAAUAAAUUUUUUGUUAAAAAAAGUUAAAAUUAAAUUUUCAUAUAAAUACAGUUGAGCAAUUCACAACCUAUCGUAAAGCAUCGUAAAAUUAUAAAAAAACAAGUGUAAAAAUUUAUAAUUUUACGAUUUUACGAUGCUUUACGACAGGUUGUGAAUUGAACAAGUAUUUAAAAUUUUGUUGUUAAAAAAAAUACAUUUUCUUUUGUUAAAAAGAAUCUAAAUUAGUUAAAAUAAUAUUUGGUUAAAUUAAGUUAUGUGCGAAAAGGAAGUUUGAUAUGUUGCAAAAAAAUAAAUAAUUGUAGCUAUCCAAGUAUUUAGAGUACUAUAAGUACAUGAAAAAGCAAAGCAGAAAAAUAAAAAUGCAAAUAAACAAAACAGGACAUAAAGAAUAAUUAAAAACUGCUUGCAAAGUAAUGGUUGAAGGAUUGAAUGAAUCAUAAAGCUAUGCAUAAAAGACAACAAAAAAAUGUAAUACAUGUAAAUAAGAAAAAAAAAACAACUUGGCAAGAUUUGAUUUUUUUGGUUUUUGUUAAAACAAUGUCUACAUCUUCUUUGGCACUAUAACCGUGAGUCGGUCUGGGCCGAGAAAAAAUAAUUAUGAAUAAUAUUUAUUUUAUAUCAAUAUAAUUAUUUAUGAACUUAAAAACGAACAAAAAUAUUAAUUUAAUAUUAUUGAAACUUAAAAUUUGGUACUUAAAUUUUAAAAACUUAUAAUUACUUUAGUUGAGUUUACAAAACUGGUUUAAGUAGUUAAACUAUAAUUAAAAUAUAAAAAAUAAGUUGUAAAAUUUCAACACAAACAAUUUCAAUCAAAAUUUUAUUUUCGAUGAUUUUCUAGAAAUCGAAAAUUAUCUAAAGAACCAAAAUUUUAUUUUCGAAGAUGGUUUAGAAAUCGAAAUUUUUCUGAACACCCAAAAUUUUAUUUUCGAAAAUUUUCUAAAAAUCGAUUUUUUUCUGAAGAAUCAAAAUUUUUUUUCGAAGAUUUUUUAGGAAACGAAAUUUUUCUGAACAAACAAAAUUUUGCUUUCGAAGAUAUUUUAGAAAUUAAAAAUUUUCUGAACAACCAAAAUUUUAUUUUCGAAGAUUUUCUAAAAUCGAUUUUUAUGCACGACCAAAAUUUAAUUUUUAAAAAUUUUUUAGAAAUCGAAAACCCAAAAUUUUAUUCUGGAUUUUUUUGUACAAAUAAAAUUUAAUUCUCGAAAACUUUCAAGAAAUCGAAAUUUUUUUGAACAACUAAAAUUUUAUUUCCGAGUUUUUCGAGAAAUCGAAACUUCUUUCAACAACCGAAACUUUAUUUUCGAAAAUUUUCUAAAAAUAGAUAUGUAUUUUUCUGAACAGCCAAAAUCUUAGAAAGUUUUUUUAGAAAUCGAAAUUUUUCUGAAGAAUCAAAACUUUAUGUUGGAAGAUUAUAAAGAAAUCGAAAUUUUUCUGAGCAACCUAUAUAUAUUUUCGAAUUGAGUAGUACAGCUCCGCUGAAGUACAAUUCUUUUUGUUACAAAUAUUAAUUUCUAGCGAUUUAAAUAUUAAAUUAAGCUUUCUAAAUUUAAUUACAUAUAAAAAACUUUAUAUAAAUAAGUACAAAUUUUUUUCUUAUUUUUUUAUAAUUUUUUUUAAUUUGUUUUUUGUAUGAAAUUAUAAGCAGUUGUAAUGCAGCAAAUGUAAUGACCUUUCAGACUACAGCAUAUAGUAAAAACAAUAAUAACAAAAACCAACUUUUGAAGAUUCAAGUAAUAAUAAGACGCAUACUUUGCAUUAAAAAACUACAAAUUUAAAAACUUCGAAACCCAAAAUGAAAGAAUGAAAUGUCAAUAUUAGUAGCUAAAAAAAUAAUUAAAUAUAGCUGAAAAAUGUAUAAGAACAAACAAUUUUAUUGUCGUUGUGUAUGUGACUAAAGAUUACUAAAGUAAUUACCAACAACUUUUAAACAAACAACAGAACAACAACCUAGUUAGUUAAGAUAAUAUUUAUGCAAAGGCAAUAGAAAAAAAAACAUAUUAUUUCCGAUACAAAGAGUAAACUCAAAGAAUAUAACAAAGAAAAACAAAAAUUAGCUAUACUUUACAUUUUUAUUUUUACUCUGGCGAGGCUAAACAUUGUUUAUAGUUUACUAAUUACACUCAAAGACUAUUUCUGUUUAAUGCAUUUUCGAAACACUUUUUUGUUUUUGAAAGCUUUUUUAUAAACUAAGCAUAAAACCACAAAAUAUUUGCUUUCAAAGCUUAAAACUUCAAGAAAAAUUUUAGUUUUAUGACAUCAACUCUAUUAACAGAAUAAAAAUAGUUUAGUAAAUGGCUUAGCCUAACAAGAAAUAUUUUUAAACACAUUCGCUGUCCCUUACAGACUCCCAAUCACCAAUGAAAUUACAAAAACUUAAUUUAUUAUAAGUUUAUAAAAGCUUUGAAAUUCAACUAAAUUCUUGAAACAAAAAUAAUAAACACAACAAAUUUUCUAUGACAUAACAAUAUUAAUAAGAAGAUACUCAUCACACUGUACCCAAAAAAUAAUUGUACGAACAACAGCGUUUUCAAAAGCAAUUUUUAUAUAAAAUUAAUAAAAAUACUAAUUUAUAGUGAAUUGAGCCAUAUACAAAAUUUAUGUUAUACCCAAAACCUUAACCAAAAAUAUAAUAGAACCUCAUAAUGAUAACUUAAAAAAUAAUAGUUGAAAAAAAAAUAAAGUUAUAAUGAAUAAACUGUCAUAAGUUCCUCGCAAA